AACUGCGGAGAGAUUGGAGAUCUGCUGAAGUGCAGCCGAUGCCAAAUUGCUUGGUUUUGUUCCGUGAAAUGCCAGAAGGCAUACUGGCCUUUUCACAAGGCAAAUUGCUACCGAAACGAGUUUGCAGACUUGACGGCAGCCAGCGAACCCAGGUUUGCUCGCUGGAUGCGCAAGCACCAGAAGCUGGCUGUUCUCAAAGAUGAUGAGGUUGAUCGUCUGGAACGUGCGUCAGCAGCAUGCACAGGACCUUCAAGGCAUGAGGUCAUGGACUCUAUGUACAACAAGCUGGACCCCAGACCCAAAGGUCCAUCUUACUCUUUAGAAGAGCGGCGUGCCAUGCAUGAAGCUGAAGAAAGCUCCCAGACAGAGGCAAAGCGGUUGGAUGCUGGUGGUAAAAGAUGGAGUGAGAUCAGUGUGCCAUCGGAUCUUGGACUGGACUGCGGUCGAUACAAAUGGUGGCAGAACCAGUCCUAUGUGGAGGUCUUCUUCCUGAUCCCUGAGAAGGUCACCGCCAAGCAGGUUACUGUGCGCAUGGCGCCCAGCGAUGUUCACGUGCAGCUUGGGGAGCGGCAUGUGCUAAAGGGGAGCUGGUAUGGAGAGAUCAAGCAGGAUGAGAGCACCUGGUUCAUCCAGGAUGGAGUGCUCAGCAUGCAGCUGCUGAAGCGCAACCGGCGCGGCAACUACGCCAAUGGCAGCAACAAUGCAGACACCUUCUGGAAAUCAGUGCGCUCUUAUAGUACCUAG